AUGGCUAGCAUCAUCUACAAGGCCUUCAACGUCCACGUGGGGAGCUCCGACAGCAAGAAAAAGCAGAAGAACGAGCUGAGCAAGUUCGACAACAUGAAAAACGCAUCCGACAGCAAGAAGAAGCAGAAGAACGAGCUGAGCAAGUUCGACAACAUGAAGAACGCAUCCGACAGCAAGAAGAAGCAGAAGAACGAGCUGAGCAAGUUCGACAACAUGAAGAACGCAUUGCAGCUCUUCGCGCUGAGGAGGAUCGACUUCGCGCAACACAGGAACGGCUACAGCAGCAGGUGCUAG